UUGCACUCCUCGUAGUACAAGCUCUGUGGUGCCUCCUGAUCUGAAGCUAUGGCCUGAGACAUCAGCGUUAGGUAGGAUUGAUUGGAGCUUUUUGCAGAACCAUCGUUUAGUGGCCCAAGAUCCAUCAGCUUUUACGAACAGG